GGCGGGGCGGGGCUCGCUCCGACCCGAACCUGGAGCUGUCCUCUCCGUUUCGGGCCGCCGCCUAUUCCCGGUGCUACGCAGGGUUUCUAGGCGCCGCGGGUCCUGAGCAUCGCCUACCAGGCACAGGUUCCCCAAGAAACAAGGAACAUGGAAGAGUCUGCAAACCAGUUGCAGCCUCUGAGUGACAAUCAGGUAGCCAACUCCGAGGGCGGAUAUGUCUGGCAGGUCACCGACAUGAACCGGCUGCACCGCUUCUUGUGUUUCGGUUCCGAAGGCGGCACCUGCUAUAUCAAAGAACAGAAGCUGGGCCUUGAGAAUGCCGAAGCCUUAAUUAGACUGAUCGAAGAUGGCAGAGGAAGCGAAGUGAUCCAGGAAAUCAAGUCCUUUAGUCAGGAAGGCAGGACUGCCAAACAGGAGCCAUUGCUCUUUGCACUGGCCAUCUGUUCCCAGUGUGCAGACGUCAGCACAAAGCAAGCAGCAUUUAAAGCUGUCCCCGAAGUGUGUCGCAUCCCGACCCACCUCUUCACUUUCAUACAGUUUAAGAAAGACCUGAAGGAGAGCAUGAAGUGUGGAAUGUGGGGUCGCGCUCUCCGGAAGGCCGUGGCAGACUGGUAUAAUGAAAAAGGCGGCAUGGCCGUCGCCUUGGCCGUUACAAAGUAUAAACAGAGAAAUGGCUGGUCUCACAAAGAUCUCCUACGACUGUCCCACCUUAAACCUAACAGUGAAGGACUUGCUAUUGUGACCAAAUAUAUCACAAAGGGCUGGAAAGAAGUUCAUGAACAGUAUAAAGAAAAACCACUUUCUGUGGAGACGGACAAACUACUAAAGUACCUGGAGGCUGUGGAGAAAGUGAAGCGCACAAAGGACGACCUGGAAGUCACUCAUCUGAUUGAAGAGCACCAGUUAGUCAGGGAGCAGCUGCUGACCAGCCACCUGAAGUCUAAAGAGGUAUGGAAGGCUUUGUUACAAGAAAUGCCCCUUACUGCACUCCUAAGGAACCUGGGAAAGAUGACUGCCAAUUCAGUGCUUGAACCAGGAAGUUCUGAAGUUUCUUUAGUAUGUGAAAAACUGAGCAAUGAAAAACUGCUUAAGAAGGCUCGUAUACAUCCAUUUCACGUUUUAACUGCAUUAGAGACCUACAGAACAGGCCAUGGGCUCCGAGGAAAGUUGAAGUGGAUUCCAGAUAAAGAAAUCUUGCAAGCAUUGGAUGCUGCUUUUUAUAAAACAUUUAAGACAGUUGAGCCAACUGGGAAGCGCUUCUUGCUGGCUGUUGAUGUCAGUGGUUCUAUGGACCAGAGAGUCUUGGGUAGUGUACUCAAUGCUAGUACUGUUGCCGCGGCAAUGUGCAUGGUGGUUACACGGACAGAGAAAGAGUCUUCAGUAGUUGCUUUUGCGUGUGAUAUGGUACCAUUUCCAGUGACGACAGACAUGACAUUACAGCAGGUUUUAACGGCUAUGAACAAAGUUCCAGCAGGCACCACGGAUUGCUCUCUUCCAAUGAUCUGGGCCCAGAAAACAGGCACAGCUGCAGACGUCUUCAUCGUGUUCACUGAUAAUGAGACCUUUGCUGGGCAGGUGCACCCGGCUAUUGCCCUGCGGGAGUACCGAAAGAAAAUGGCUAUUCCUGCUAAAUUGCUUGUUUGUGGGAUGACAUCAAACGGCUUUACGAUCGCAGACCCAGACGAUAGAGGCAUGUUGGAUAUGUGCGGCUUUGAUACUGCAGCUCUGGAUGUAAUUCGGAAUUUCACGUUGGAUGUCAUUUAACCCUAAGUACCUGAAUGAUCUGAGAGGUGCACUGCUUCCCAGCUAGAUGCAGUUGUGAGAAAUGUCAUCAGUAUGUGCAUGUUAGAAAUGUACAUUGGCAGGAACAGGAAGAGAGAAGGAAGGAAACACGUUGAGCCUAACGGUGCGUGUACUCAGCUAGCUCUUGCGAAGUCUUCAGGAUACUGUAGCUUUCUCUAUAGAGAACUUCUUUUUAAUAGACACUAUAAAAUAGUCGUGUUUUACGUCACUGAAUCACACCUUUGUACUGAAAGUGAGAUACAAAGUCUAAGUAGCCUCACAUCAUGUCACUUGUUUGAGAAAUGCUUGUUUUCUUAAAUGUCUUCAUUGGAAAAGGACAGUUUUGAUAAUGUCCAAAAACUCUGAGGUGCACUAGACCAUGUGACUGUGAUGGAAAAUUUUUAUACCAAGGAGUUUAAAAAAAAAAGACAUUUGGUUAAACUAAAUUAUGAAUGAAUUUUACAAAUUCAGAGCUUUCUAAGAUCAUAUGAACAACAGCUUUCUUAUUCAAUGCAAAAGAUGUUUUCUUUCAGGUGUUUAAUUUGUACUUGUUAGGAUUUGAUACCAUUUGGCCAAAACAUGGUGGAAAUGUUGAAUUAUAAGGGACUUGUUGAAUGGAUAUAGCCUGAGGGAUUCGCUUUGUAGCCUUGUGUUAGAUGAGCAACAACGGUGUCUUACACACUCACGCAUUCCUAGUGUUUCGUCCCCCAUCUGUAAUCCUGACAGUAUAAUAACUAAAACUCUACUGUAAAGACAUAGCUUUCUGUACCCCUAAAUAUCUUUAGUUCAUUUUCAUAUUUUUCUAAUAUUAAGUUUGUCUGAAGUCUUUUAUAUUUUUGCCCACUAUUCAUCUUGUGUCUAAUUUCCUUUUUAUAGAGUAUAGAAAUAAUAACAAGCUAGAUCCUUCCAGUUCAAACAAUUUUAGAGUAGCCAUAUCAACCAAUCAGUUUAUGUAGGAAAUUUAAAAACUUACUUUGUAUAAAUUAAACGUCUUUUUCACAUACUAAAAUACAUUCUUUUCUUGAGCAAGUAUAUGUUUUCACCAGGGAAGCUUAGCCUAUUGAGCACCAGUAGUUCUUCUCUUGAUUCAGUAAUGGUAUCUACAGUAGUUUAUACUAAAACUCUAAUUUUUAUGUAUUACUCUUUAAAUAUUAAAGAUUUACUGUGGGUUUAUAAAGCCCUUCCAAAGCUAGUAUGUGUAGGUUACAUAACCUUACAAGUGUUUAAGGGUGAAGUUCUUUUAUUUGGGAAAGAAAGUGCUAGUGUAAGGAUUUGUGUACAUAUUUUCUUUUUUUUUCCUAAGAAAUUUAGUCUCAGAGAAUAAGAAAAUAUUCCCUUCAGAUGACUUGACAUUAAUUAAGUUUCAUAUGUAGCCAUUCCUCCAAGACAGUAACAAAUUUUCAAUAUUAUUAGCAAAGAUAGUAUCAUCUGCAGUUCUAAACACCAUUGCUUCUAAUGCUGUUUUGGCUUGACCACUGUCACAUGGGAAAUUUCACAUUUUAACUAAUUAUGAUAUACUAAAGUCUCAUAUUCAAACUGAAUUUAAGGUUAAAAACACUAGUAAUUACAUGAGAGCUAUUGAAUUCCUUAGACCCAGGAUCUAAGUUUUAACUUAUUAUGAAAUUUACAUGGAAUAUUAUAUAAAAGCUUAUUUCUUUUUUUUUUAUGCUACUUAGAUUGUGCUUUUAGGCAAGCAUAGUAUAUCUAGGAGCUACCCAUCAGGGAAAUAAGGGUCUACCUAAAUACCGUAGAAAGGUACAGUAUUUAGGUAGACCUAACUAAAUAGAUUAAGAUUGAAGACAGAGGCCGAAUGUGAUGAUGCAUGCCUUUACUCCUGGGGAAACAGAGGCAGGUAGAUUUCUUAAGUUAGAAGCCAGCCUGCUCUACAUAGUAUAUUUCAGACCAAUCAGGCCUACGUAGUGAGACUCUGUCUCCAAAAAGGAAAAAGGUUUAAG